CGCUGACCCCUGGGGUGACUCUGAGGGAGCGCAGGACUUCGUGCUGCAGGGGUUCGGGGUGGAGAUGGUGGCCUGGCCUCUGGGCGCCUUUGGGCAGACAAGAGGAAAGGCUGUGGUGAGGGGACGUGGGGAGUCCUAGCUGAGGGUCGGGGAGGAUUCUGUUGGAAUUCGGAUAUUUGGGGAGUUAGGUUGGCCCUCGCUCGUUGUGACAAACUAGCCGAUAUGACCUUGGACAUGUUGAGAAAACCCCCUGGAGGUUUUGCUUUCUGUCAGUGAAAGGAAGGUAACAAAAUGAGUUUGCCAGAUUGUUGGGGAGACUGGCGAGGACAUAUAUACAGCUCCCUCCCUCCCUGAGCCUGGGUCAGCGUGGCUGCUGCCAGUUAUUUUCCCAGACAGUUUCCACAAUUUGGGCUCAGUUCCUGCUUUGCGACCUGCUGCCAGAUGUGGUGGGAUUGAAAGGCUUUUUGCAGCUGUUUCUAACAGCUGGCCUCUCUCUCCAGCCCCCAAAGAACACUUUGUCCACCUGAAUCAUCUCCACAAGCCCCUGUGCCAAGCAGCCUCUGCCGCCUUUUACAGGAUCCAGAGAACCGUUCACCGAUGGUUUUUGCCCAAGCUGGACACAGCCAGGACUGGAGAGCUGCGUGAACAGAAGAACCUGCCAGGGGAGCUUUCCAAGUGCUCCAGUGCCAGACCUCGCAGCUCCCGUGGCCAGCCAUGCCAGGCCAAGGCUCACCCCUGCGCGUGGCCACCCUGCCUACAGGGCUGCUGGAAUGCCUCGGCUUUGCUGGAGUCCUCUUUGGCUGGGCGUCGCUGGUGUUUGUCUUCAAAAUAGAGCAUUACUUUGAGGAGCUGUGUGAGCCGCAUGCUGGGCUGAUGGGCAAUGCCACAGGGCAGGAUGACUGCAAAGCCCAGGAUGAGAGGUUCUCACUCAUCUUUACCUUGGCAUCCUUCAUGAACAACUUCAUGACCUUCCCCACCGGCUACAUCUUUGACCGUUUCAAGACCACCGUGGCCCGCCUCAUAGCCAUAUUUUUCUACACGAGUGCCACGCUCAUGAUAGCCUUCAUCUCUGCAGAUUCCGCAGUGCUGCUCUUCCUGGCCAUGCCCAUGCUCACCGUUGGGGGGAACCUGUUUCUGAUCACCAACCUGCAGGUUGGGAACCUGUUUGGCAAACACCGCUCAACCAUCAUCACCCUCUACAAUGGGGCAUUUGAUUCUUCCUCAGCUGUCUUCCUCAUCAUUAAGCUCCUUUACGAGCAGGGCAUCAGCCUCAGGGCCUCCUUCAUCUUCCUCUCCGUCUGCAGUGCUUGGCACGUUGGGCGUACCUUCCUCCUGAUGCCCUGGGGGCACAUCCCCUACCCGCUGCCCCCCAACUAUAGCUACGGCCUGUGCUCUGGGAAUGGCACCAGAGGGGAGAAGAAGGAAACAGCUGAGCCUGAAAAGCUAGAUCUACUGUCAGAGGAGUUCCAGUCACCAGAGGAAGAGGCCCCGGGACCAGGGCAGCAGCAGGAAGCCCUCUCUUUCUGGAGCCAUGUUCUCUCUCAGCGCUUCGCCUGGCACCUGGUAUGGCUGUCUGUGAUACAGCUGUGGCACUACCUCUUCAUUGGCACCCUCAACUCUCUGCUGACCAACCUGGCCGUUGGGGACAGGGCGCUAGUCAGCAGCUACACAAAUGCCUUUGCCGUCACUCAGUUCUUUGGGGUGCUGUGUGCCCCCUGGAAUGGCCUGCUUAUGGACCGGCUGAAGCAGAAGUUCCAGAAGGAAGCGCAAAAGACAGGAUCCCCGGCCUCAGAGGUGGCCCUUUUAUCAGCGGUGCCUUCGCUGGCCCUGACGUCUCUACUGUGCUUGGGCUUUGCCCUCUGUGCCUCGGUCCGCGUCCUCCCCCUCCAGUACGUCACCUUCAUCCUGCAAGUGAUCAGCCGCUCCUUCCUGUACGGGGGCAAUGCCGCCUUCCUCACCCUCGUAUUCCCUUCGGAGCACUUUGGGAAGCUCUUGGGGCUUCUGAUGGCCCUGUCAGCCAUCGUGUCUCUGCUCCAGUUCCCCAUCUUCACCCUCAUCAAAGGCCCCCUCUGGGGUGACCUGUUCUACGUGAAUGUGACGUUGGUGCUUUUCACUCUUCUGACAUUCGUCCACCCCUUCCUGGUGUACCGUGAGUGCUGGCGGAAAGAGCCGUCCCCUGCAACGGCCUAGCUCAGACGCCCUUGAUUUUCAGCCCUGCAGAUGCUUUUGCUCACCUGUCCUCAUCUUAGAGGACCCUGUGUCCAGAGAGACUUGGCCCACCCAGCCUAUUUGUAUUAAGUACCCAUUAUUUUUCCUUAAAAAAAAAAAGCUGCCUUUAACUGUUUAACUGCCAGCUAAGAGUUUUGAUCAGUAAGAAAAGACUCUCAGUUGCCAAGCUGAUUGACGUCAGCCAGCGCAGAAGCAAAAGCACGUGGAAGUUCUUCUUAGUUCCAGGCCCGGAAGCAUAUGGCCAUGGCAGACAUGGCCUGAGGGGAGCUGAUGUGAUGGGGGAAGAGGUGUGUCACUUACUUCUUUAGGCCUGUUUGGCCCUGAAGCCCUCGUGUGCCUGGGCUCCGAGCUGCCGGGUGAUUUUCUAGGCCUCAGCUGUGCCACCUGGUGUCUAGAGGUGGCACCCAGUUUGCCCUCAAAGGCACAGCCUUGGUGAGAGAAUGGCCGUGAGCCUGAGGAGGAAGAGGAGUAGACGGGGUGGGGGUGGGGGCCCCUGGGCCUGAACCCCAUGUCUGCCACUGAUGUUGCAUGGCCUUUGGCAGACCCUUGUCUGGUCUGAGCAUCAGUUUACCCAUCUGUAAAAUUAGAGGGUUGUGGAGUUUGAAGGUUCUUUCUGGAGCUAAUGUUCCAGAAGGUUUUAAGGACAGUGAUAGGGUCAGGCCACCCACAGGCCUUGGGAACCAGGGGGCCUGCUCCACCAAAGGAGCUCUAGCAAAGUCUUUUGGGCAUGUUUUCGUCUUCAUCAAGGGGGAUGAUUCUUUACUUUGGGUAGCAUAUAGAAUUUUUCUCUGGGGGAUAAUUUUGCUGAUAAAUAAAGCACCUCUGCCUACGGCAACUACUGCUCCUCUUCUCCAGUCUUUGGGGCUGUGGUGUGCGUGUGUGCGUCUGCCCCGUGCGCCAGCCUGGGGAAGUGAAUGAUGGAGGGGAGGCAGAGGGACCUGGAUGCAGGGUCCUGGUGUGGCAGCGGGACCGUGACGUGGGGCAGGAGCCCUGAGACUAGGAUCUGCCCACCGGGUCGGGCUUGAGACCCCCCCCACCCCCACCCCCAGGCAUCUCCUCCUGGACACUCUACAACCCCAGCUGGAAGCACUAGGUGGAGUCAGAAGGUCCAGGUAUGAGUCUCACUUCUGUCGCUCAGCAUCUGGGCAUGUCUCUUCGCUUCUCUGGACCACAAUUUCCUCACCUGCAAAGUGCAGUUAAUCAUUUCUACCCCUGAGGGUGUUGGCGAGGAUUGAAAGUAAUUGCUACUGCCUGGCACAUGACUGGAGCACACGAGUAUUUGUUCCAUUACUUACUCACGGCCAGAGAGGGAUGGGUAGCAAGGAGAGAGACGGCAGGUGGGCGAGAUGGGAGAACCUGGGGUCGGGGUUAGGAUGGUCGGGGAAGGGGGCUGUCAGGCAGUCAUUCAUUCAUUGUCAUUGUGAACAAAUGUUUAUUGAGCCCUUACAAUAGGUCCGGUAGGUCCUAGGGGCUGGGGAUAUGGAGAUGCACAGGGUCUGAAGCCAGCUCUUUUCUGAACUUGCUGAAGGGUAAUUUCCAGGGGCCUAGGGACCUGGGUCUGAAGACAGACACCAGAGUGCGAAUGGAUGUCUUUGAUCUUCUCUUUCUCAAACACUUUCAAUGUCUCCGUGCUGCCCAGGGGGGAAAAGCCUAGGUUCUAGCCUGGCAUUCAAGGCUCUCAGCAGUGUGAUUCCAACCUCUCCCCUGACCUCUUCACCUCACACCUCCAGGGAGAGAGAGCUCAUCCCAGUGGCCCCAGGUUCCUGGUCUCUGGGUCUGGGAACACACCAGUUUCCUCUGCAUUAGGAGCUCACCCCAUCUCUGCCAGGAAACCUGCCUGGUCUGCUGGGGUCCUGCUCAAAAUGGCAUCUCCUCCAAAAAUCUUUCUUUGGGCUCUCCAGCAGCUCUGAGUUCCUGGUACUUGCUCACACCCUUUCUGGUGACUGGAAACUGCUUCCUUGCAUGACAACCUCUCCGAACCUGGACAGCAAGCUCUGG